AUGGAGGACUGGGUGGUCCUCACAGAGACUAGAGGACUGGGUGCACAGGCCAAAGCACACGCCAAAGAACAUGCCAAAGCACAGGCCAAAGCACACGCCAAAGCACAGGCCAAAGCACACGCCAAAGAACAUGCCAAAGCACAGGCCAAAGCACACGCCAAAGCACACGCCAAAGCACACGCCAAAGCACAGGCCAAAGAACACGCCAAAGCACACGUCAAAGCACAGACCAAAGCACACGCCAAAGCACAGGCCAAAGAACACGCCAAAGCACACGUCAAAGCACAGACCAAAGCACACGCCAUAGCACAGACCAAAGCACAGGCCAAAGAACACGCCAAAGCACAGACCAAAGAACACGCCAAAGCACACGCCAAAGCACAGACCAAAGCACAGGCCAAAGCACACGCCAAAGCACACGCCAAAGCACACGUCAAAGCACAGACCAAAGAACACGCCAAAGCACACGUCAAAGCACAGGCCAAAGCACAGGCCAAAGCACAGGCCAAAGCACAGGCCAAAGAACACGCCAAAGCACACGUCAAAGCACAGGCCAAAGCACAGGCCAAAGCACAGGCCAAAGCACAGGCCAAAGCACAGGCCAAAGCACAGGCCAAAGAACACGCCAAAGCACACGUCAAAGCACAGGCCAAAGCACAGGCCAAAGCACAUGCCAAAGCACAGGCCAAAGCACAGGCCAAAGCACAGGCCAAAGAACACGCCAAAGCACACGCCAAAGCACAGGCCAAAGAACAUGCCAAAGAACACGCCAAAGCACACGCCAAAGAACAUGCCAAAGCACACGCCAAAGCACACGUCAAAGCACAGACCAAAGAACACACCAAAGCACACGCUAAAGCACACGCCAAAGCACACGCCAAAGCACAGGCCAAAGCACAGGCCAAAGAAAACGCCAAAGCACACGUCAAAGCACAGACCAAAGAACACGCCAAAGCACACGUCAAAGCACAGACCAAAGAACACGCCAAAGCACACGCCAAAGCACAUGCCAAAGCACACGCCAAAGCACAGGCCAAAGCACACGCCAAAGCACACGCCAAAGCACAGGCCAAAGCACACGCCAAAGCACAGGUCAAAGCACACGCCAAAGCACACGCCAAAGCACAGGCCAUAGAACACGCCAAAGCACAGGCCAAAGCACACGCCAACGAACAUGCCAAAGCACACGCCAAAGCACACGCCAAAGCACAGACCAAAGCACACGCCAAAGCACACGCCAAAGAACACGCCAAAGAACACACCAAAGCACACGCCAAAGCACACGGCCUGGUCGCACGUCUGGUUCACUUGUUACUUCCUGGUUGCUGCAGGGGUUUGAUUCUCUGA